AUGGAGACUCUCUUUGGAAAACGCAAGAAUAGACCCCGCCAAUCCUCCAUCGCUGCCCAGGAGGGCAACGAACGUUUGCGCCCUACCUCUAGUGCUUCUGUCGCCACUUCCCGCUCAGAAUCCACUCGCGGCUCUCGCUAUGCCGCUUCUAUAUCUCCCUUCGAGCCUCACCAUCACCACCUCUCCAAUCUGUACAAGCAUACCUCCCCGACAGAAGAGUUCAACUUCACCCGCCCGGAGAAUGACGAGGAAAUUGAGGUCCUCUUCGAGAACAUCAUGCGCAUGCGCGGGCUGGACGACAUCCCCCACCUUUCCAUCGAGCAGAAGUGGCACAUCGUAUACAACGACGAACAGAUGCGCUGGGGUGAGGAACGCAAGCGCGAGGAGCAGGCUCGCAAGCAGACAGAGUCAGGCCAACCCGCUGCAUUCGUCGAGGGCACUCCGGAGUGGUACAUCAAGAAGUUCAUGGAUCGGACCAUCACCCCCAAGCAAGCAUCGAGCUUGCAAGUGUCCCUGCGAAGCAAGGAGAUGAGCUGGUUUCGGCACUUUGUUGAGUUACAGGGAACCUCCGUACUCGGGCAAGCGCUCCAGAAUAUUAGCCGUAAAGGGGUACAGAGGCGGAAGGAGGACAUCGAGUUGGAGAAUGAGAUAGCGAAAUGCCUCAGGCAGAUUUUCAAUCACCACUUCGCCGCGAACGACGCCCUCGGCCAUCCUACGAUCUUGACCCAAGUAGCGUCCGCCCUCAACACUCCACACCUACCUACCAGGAAGCUCCUAUUGGAUUUACUGUCUUUCGCGGAAUACCACAACGAUGGCCAAUAUCACAAUAUGGUCGUCAGCGCGCUCGAAUCCCUCAGCGCCGCCAACAACGAGGCCGGGAACCCAUACGCGUUCUGGUUCAAGUCGCUAGAGAGUGCUCUCGCGGGCAGAGGAAGGAUGGGCACGCUCGUCGGCGCGAGCGACGAGGUCAAGCGACAUGGCGGUAUGGAUACCUCGCUGAACGACUACACGCUCGCGAACGUCAUCUUCAUCAACGCAAUCAUGGAGCACAUCGACGACCUCGACAUCCGCGUGCACCACCGUGCGCAAAUGGAGGCCGCGGGCCUGCAGAGCAUACUCGAACACUGCCGCUCGUACGGCGUCGCGGUCAUCGACAAGCAGCUCCAGAUACUGCAGGCCCUACUCGACGACGACGAGGCGAAGCUCAAGGAGCGCGUCGACCAGGAGAUCCUUAAGGACCUCGCGAACCCGGAGGACGUCUACAACGCGCUCCGCGCCAAGACGGCCGACUCAAAGGCCAAGGACCACUUCUUGUCCAUCAUGCAACACCUGCUGCUCAUCCGCGAGGAGGGCCCCGCGCUCGGGCACUACUACCAACUCAUCGACUCGCUCGUCGCCGACGUCGUGCUCGACAAGAAGCUCGUCGGGGCCGAGCAGCGCCUCGGGCAAUCGGUCGAGCGCAUUAUUGCGCAGUUCAACGAGGCGGACCGGCACCAGUACCUCGAGGACGAGCUCGUCAAGGCGAACGCCGCCGCACUGCGCUUCCGCCUCGAGAAGGAGGCGCUCGAAGAGGAGGUCGCGCAGGGCGAGGGCGGGCUCGUCGGCUCGCUCAAGAGCAAGGUCGCGCGGCUCGAGGAGAAGCUGGCUAUCUCGCGCGAGAACACGCAGAAGCUUCAGGGCCAGAUGGAGGUGCAGAAAGCGGGCUAUGAGGAGCAGAUCGCCCAGCUGGAAGCGCAGAUCAUGGAGCUCUUCCGGAUGCUCAAGGAGGUGUCGAAGGGGGUGGGCAAGAUCAUUGACCACGCGAACGCCGGCGGUAUGGACCGCAAGACCCUCAUUGAUACGCUCGAGAAACACUUCCAGCGCGACAAGACGAUCAGCAUCCUUGAAGGUCGAAACAAGCGUGGCGAGGGCGAAGCUGGGGACGGGACUGGAGAUGAAGAGACCCCGAAGAAGAGUGGCAGCUUACGCAGAAAUCAGCCCUCGACAAGAGGGCGGAAGCCGUCGCGCAUGGAGAGGAUCUCGGAGGCUCAGAACGGACGUUCGUCUCAGUUCAUGGAUGCAGACGAUGAGAUCGAGCAAGAGCAGAUUCAGCAGCAGAUUGCCGAAGGCGCUAUGAUCAACGUGCGCGAUGGGGCGUCUUCAAGCCCAAGAAGCGCUCGAACGCCUUCAAAGAGGAAUAAGAAUCUUCCCAGGACACCUCUUGGUAGAUCUCAGUAUCUCUUAGCUCAAGUUCUUGCAGCUCAUUUCGUUCCCGACUCGGAUGCUCGUAGCGUCUCGCUGGCCGAGACGACAGACGAAUUCGAUGGCGAUAGCGAGUUGCGUAGGUCAGGUUCGACGCGUAGCGUCUCCUCUAAUCAGACGACCGAGGCGACAUCGGUCAGUUCAAAUUUGUCAGUAGACACGAACGGGAAGGACUCGCCCGAUCAGCCUCAAUCUCUGGCAGAGCAGCUACGGAGACAUCUCACUAAGAGAGGCCGUCCACCGUCUAUGCCCAGUCCGCUCAAUUCACCUAUUCCCGAGGAACCUGUUCCUCCCCUCCCUCCGCCUCCUCCUCCGCCGCCAGAGGCUGCUGUUGCUCCCCCAGGUCCCCCUCCACCGCCGCCGCCGCCGCCGCCACCACCACCACCACCUCCUCCUCCUCCCCCAGGUGCCAAAGGCAUGUUUGGCGGAGCCCCCCCGCCUCCGCCACCACCCCCAGGCGCCCCGCCACCACCGCCUCCUCCCCCAGGAGGCAGAAUCCCCUCAGCACCAUCUUCAGGCCCUGGCUCGGCGCGCACGUCGCUGCUGGGCUCGAACAUCCAGAACCUGCUCGCGGCGCGCAAAGACAUGUCGAUCACGCCGAGUACGAAGAUGAAGCAGCUGCAGUGGGACAAGCUGCCACUGCAGCAGGCAGAGAAGACGGUGUUCAAGGAGCCGACAAGGGAGGACGAAUGGGUGAAGAAGCUCCAGUUGGACGGCGUGUGGACGGAGAUGGAGGAGGACUUCAAGGCGAAGCAGCUCGUCAUCAACUUGAUGGCGAAGCAGAAACGCGCGGAGCUCAAGUCCGUGCUCGACCCGCAAACCAAGAAGCGAGUCGAGAUUCUCAUCCAGACCGUCAAGAAGUUACAGCCCGAGGAGCUCGCUCUCCGCAUUCGCGACUUCGAUCAGGAGGUCUGCACUCAGGUGUUCCUGAGCGAGCUAAAACCCGUGCUCCCCAAUCCAGAGCAGGUGGGAAAGCUCAAUGUCUACCGCAACGCGGAACCCGAAGAGCUUGCAGGCUUGCAUCCCUCAGAUCGACUCAUGGUUCAGCUUAUCAAGAUCGACCGGCUUGGGCCUCGCAUAGAAGGCAUGUUGUACAGAUGCGUCUUCGAUGAGACGUGGAGCCUCCUCGACGAUAGCGCGCGCAAGCUAUCACAAGCCGGGAAAUCGCUCCUAGAGGCCAAACACUUCAAGGAGUUACUCAGUUUGAUUCUACUGAUAGGUAACUACAUGAACGGCACCGGUGUCAAAGGUGGCGCGUUCGGUUUCCGUGUCAGCAGUAUCAACAAGCUUGUCGACACCAAGUCCCUACACAACACUACGCUCCUUCACUUCCUCGAGAGGACAGUUGCGAAGCACUUCCCUGAUAUGGAGGCCUUCCUAGACGAACUUGCUGCGCCCGCCGAAGCGUACAGAGUCAACUUGCAGGACGUCCGGAAAAGUCUUGGCGAAUUGCGAGAAGGCCUGAAGAAGAUUCGCAAGGAGCUAACUGAUCACUUCUCCAAUAUGGAUAUGAACGACAAGUAUGGCAAGCAGAUGUGGUCCUUCGUGGGCAAAGCGACUAGUCAAUUGGAGGAUCUUGUCGAUGACGUCAACCAUGCCGAAUCCACCUUCUCCGAGGUCGUCAAAUAUUACGGAGAGGACGAGAAGAACAUGAACUCCGCUGAGUUCUAUGGUAUCUUUAAGACUUUCGUGACUUCUUAUAAGAAAUGUCGGUCGGAAAAUAUAUCGAUUCAAGAGGAACGCGAAGGGGUGGAGAAGCGCAGGCAGGCAGCGGAAGAUGCCCGAGCCAACAAGCUCAGGCAACAGGAGAUUACCCCGAACCAGACUGAGGAAGACACCGCCGCGCUAGAUAACCUACUGGCGAAGCUGCGGAACGGAGAUACCGUCGGCCGCAAAGCUCGUCGGACACGGAAGAGCGGCGCAGCACGACAGACGAAUGCACCACUCACCCUCAACACGGAUGUCCUCCUCACCGCCAAGUCGGGCGACGAGACCGUCGACAUCGCCCGCGACAUGCUUAUGCGUCUCAAGUCGGACGGUUUUGACGCCUUGACGCCGUCAACACCGACAGUUGCAAGCAUGCGGAGGUCGAGACGAAAGAGGGACUCCGAGGGAGUGGCAGCAUUGGCUGCGCUGGAGGAGAGCAUAUCGCCGGGCGGGAUCUCGCGAGAAGACUCUGAAUCCUCCCAACCCUCGGUCACGUUGGACUCAAUAGAAGAGCAUCCUACCCCUACAGAUUCUGGUUAG